AAAUAGCAGGAAGGAGAGAAAAACCAGGCAGGUGACUUCGUUGCUAUUUCGUGUUACUGCGCUCCUUUCCUCCCUCAUCUAACAGAAACAUAUACUAAGAGAAUGGGGACUCAGAGCCUGAACACCUAAGGUAGACAGCUGACCAGGAGCAAUACAAGCGGGGCUUCCGCUUCUUAGCUCAGAGAUGGCGGCGACAGCGGCGGAGGCUGCUGGGUCGGUUUCUGGAGAGCUUCGGGAGGAGGCCGAAGCCCCAGGCCCGGCCUGGGAUGAAUCUCAGUUGCGCAGUUAUGGUUUCCCGACCCGACCCAUCCCACGUCUGAGUCAGAGCGACCCCCGGGCGGAAGAGCUCAUCGAGAAUGAGGAGCCUGUGGUGCUCACUGACACAAAUCUUGUGUAUCCUGCCCUGAAAUGGGACCUUGGAUAUCUGCAAGAGAAUAUUGGCAAUGGAGACUUCUCUGUGUACAGUGCCAGCACCCAUAAGUUCUUAUACUAUGAUGAGAAGAAGAUGGCUAACUUCCAGAACUUUAAGCCGAAGUCCAACCGACAGGAAAUGAAAUUUCAUGAGUUCGUUGAGAAACUGCAGGAUAUACAGCAGCGUGGAGGAGAAGACAGGUUGUAUCUCCAGCAAACUCUGAAUGACACUGUGGGUAGGAAGAUUGUCAUGGACUUCUUGGGUUUUAACUGGAACUGGAUUAAUAAACAACAGGUAAAGCGUGGCUGGGGGCAGCUGACCUCUAACCUGCUGCUCAUUGGCAUGGAAGGAAAUGUGACACCUGCUCACUAUGAUGAGCAACAGAACUUCUUUGCUCAGAUAAAAGGCCAUAAACGAUGUAUCUUAUUCCCUCCGGAUCAAUUUGAGUGCCUCUAUCCAUACCCUGUCCAUCACCCAUGUGACAGACAGAGCCAGGUGGACUUUGACAAUCCUGACUACGAGAGGUUCCCCAGUUUUCAAAAUGUCGUUGGUUAUGAAACAGUUGUUGGUCCUGGUGAUGUUCUUUACAUCCCAAUGUACUGGUGGCAUCACAUAGAGUCAUUAUUAAAUGGAGGGAUUACUAUCACCGUGAACUUCUGGUAUAAGGGGGCUCCCACUCCUAAGAGAAUUGAAUAUCCUCUCAAAGCUCAUCAGAAAGUGGCUAUCAUGAGAAACAUUGAAAAAAUGCUUGGAGAAGCCUUGGGGAAUCCACAAGAGGUGGGCCCCUUGUUGAACACAAUGAUCAAAGGGCGAUACAACUAGCCUGCCAGGGGUCAAAGCUUCCUGCCAGGUGACUGCUAUCCCGUCCACACUGCUUCGUUGAUGAGGACAGGAGACUCCAAGCACUAGUAUUGCACGCUGCACUUCAAUGGACUGGACUCUUGCCAUGACCCUGGAGGCAGGUGUUUGGGGCAAGGCAAGGGUAGCUGGUACUCCAAUCCUAUUUUGAAAGACUUCUCACCCUUGCCUCUUGUGCCCCAACACUUUCCUUCUCUGCCUCCCGAAAGUCUUGCAUCCAGUGUGUGGAGUCCUAGCUUCUGAUUGUCAUUAUGUCCCUCUGUGUUAGUCUGUCAACCUCGGGUUAUGUGAGUGUAUGCAUGUGUGCAUGUGUGCACACAUACAUGCAGGUAUGUAGUUGAUCUUUGUUCCCUCCUCCUGGGUCAGGAUGUCACUUCUGGCUCUUAGACCUAUCUCCUGUAGCCUCAGUGCCUCAGCCUGAGAGAGAGGAUAUGCUCCUACACUCCCACUGCUUCUGGACUGCAGAGCCAAAGCAGUUUGUCCAUUAGGUCAGUCUGCUCCAGCCAGUUUUUACAUUCAGACUGCAGGCCAGAUAGAAAUGGCUGUUGAGACUCUACUGGGGAGAUGAAAGGGAGGUUUACCUUUGGGAGCCUAGAUAGCUGUCUAGUGGAAGAGGACUGGACAGGAUUCCAGCUGGGACCUACAAUCUUAAGCCAUACAUUGAAAGGAACCUUGGGACAUAAGAACUAAGAAUUGUGCUUACAUUCUAAGUUGUGGACACAUACAGCUUUUCUUUUCUAGCACCAGCUCUUGCCCCUGUAACUAUCAAGAGAGUUAGCAUGGCUAGGGAUGUUAACCUCUUUGUGCACACAUGCACGUGUGCAUUCAUUUGCACAUGUGUAUGUGUGGGUGUGUCCAAACUAGCCAGCUUCCUGCCUACCAAGGUUCUUCACUUGCUUACCUUGUCCAGUGUGACAAUAUGGUUUGAGUCCCUGGAUACUACAGCUUUUUAACUCAGAUUUUAGCUGUUCUGUAUUAGUCAGGUCUCAUUGCAACCUGCCUAAGGCUGACAGGCAGUAGCCUCCAGAUCCUAUCCCUCUUGUCCAGGCCAUGUCUCCUACUACUGCUGAGCUUUUUGGCUGAGUAGAUCAAAUGGGGUCAAGCUUAGGCAGCUAACUCACUACCUUUUAUCCACCAGGGGGCAAGGGCAGAAACAUAUCCUUGCCUAUUAAAGCCAGCGCCUCUGCCAGACCCCACUGUGAUGUUCUUCUACACCCUCAAAAGGGUAACUGGUAGAACAUGAAAGGAGAGUUUCCUUUUCUGUUAGCAACUACUCAUGGGAACCCUUCUCAGGGCUGCAUCUUACAGCUGGGCAGCUAAGUAUUGCACAACUCAGAGGGCCAUCAUUCACAUCUAUUCAGUGGGGUAUUUGGGGCCCCCAGGAAGAGAGGCGACCCUUUGUCUAUUAACUUCCAAUCUGUUCUCCAUCAUCCAUUGGAAGUCCCUCCAAAGGUUUACUUCUGAACUAUGGCUCUCACGUGUGAAGUUCCAUUUACAGUGCCCUGAUGGACUGAAAAGAUGCAUGUGUAUGUGUGUGAGCACCUGUGUGUGUAUUUGGGGCAUGUGUGUUCAUUUUAGAGCCCCAUUCUGGGGUUCUCUGAUAGAGUAUGGAUUUACAAACCCAGUACCUUCUCAAGUAUAGCUGUUUAAAAUACAGCCAAUGCUGGGAAAUGUGAUUACAGUGAACUCCAUGCCUCCAUUUCUUUCAGGAAAGAGGAGUGCCACAAAGAGCAGGGCAGAUGAAAGAUAAACUUGGCCACGGUCACGUUGGAAAGCUAGAUUAUCUUUGUUCUCAACAAGUGUGCUGCCUUUCUGCUCAACUCUCAGAAUUGUAGGUGAUACACAACAGGGUGCUAUGGAUUGGUCUUUACAAAAAAGAAUGCUGACAGGCUUGCUGUAAGGUGGCUGAGGGGAAGAAGAAGGAAAGAAGGCUGAGACCUUCACAGCGUCAGUCCUAAUCCUUAGAUAAUACAGCAGCAAUUCCUGAUUUUUAGAUACAUAAUAUGUGCCUAGUGCUUUUAUCUCUCUUCCUUACUGUCAUGCAAGGUAGGUUUCCCACUUCACCAAUGAAGAAAUAGGCUCAAAGAGAUUUAGUGAUUAGUAGCAACCAAGUGAUAUUUGCAACACCUCAUCCUCCUUUUCCACCAAACUCCCCAUCUUCCCUUGAUUCCUUGUUCUCAGGCUUCAGUCAGUGUCUGCAGGUGAGCUAAGACUAAGGGUACAGGAAGUCCUUCUGGGCUCCACUAAAGACACCUGGUAAAACUGCCUGAGAAACCAUAUAACAAGCUAAGCGUGCUGGGGACCAUUGUGUGGGAUGAAAUUCUAGGUCCCUGUGCUUUGCUGACAACAUCCAGGAGCUCCUCCUAGCAGAUCUCUGCAUCAGAGUUGAAAUUCCAGUUCUAGAUGUAAGAGCUUUGGUUUACAUUCUGUUGGGUCACUUACCCCAGGGAAGAGAUGGAAGUGCUCCACCUACCUGGAGUUAGGGUGGUUGGGGCUCAAAUUGUGCUUGCAGCAGAGGAAAUGUUGCUGUAACUCUUACCCCAUGUCCCAUUCAUUACCCCAUCCAAGCUAGCGGUAUGGCAGUCAGAUGUGACUUGGACCUGUCUUCAGGUCAGCCAUAUUGCAAGCUCCUAUUUCCACAUCAGGUACAAUAUAAACUACUGUUUUGUGAAAUCAAAUAUUUGUUGGGGUGGGGUGGGUGUUGGAAUUCUGGAGGAGGAGGGGCUGUUCUGGGCAUCCAUCGAGCAGAUGCCCAAGAUGCCUGGGGGAGACCAGCUUCCCCUACAAAUCAGAGCUCUAAAUUACAAGGUUUUUACCAACGCGAACAGUUGGGGGAAGUCGUCUGCUCUCAUUUGCGUAAUGGUUUCUGUCACUGGUGAUUAGACACAGGAUGAAGGAAAAGAAAUUUGACAAUUAGGAAUGAGCGAUCAUUAAUCUGAAUCUGUUAGGAGACAGAAAGGGGAAUGAUCCUUCCAAUGGGCCAGCCCAGUAUGGGAAGACAUCCCUCCCUCCAUCCCCCAGAGACUCUUGGUUCAAAUAUUCUUUUCUGGUUUCCACAAGUGGGUGGAGCUUGUAUUUCUUCAAGGCAGCCUGAAGUGGAUACAGAAACAGACUUCUUUGGGAAAGAGCCAACAAAGAUGGGUGUCAAACACAAGCUUUAGGGCAUAGGUAAUAAUAGAGUAGUUUUUCCAUGUGUUUACUGUUUGUUGGAAAGUGUUUUCUGGUAGUCAACACUGAUGAUUCCCCACCUGUGACAAGUAUUUGUCAGCUUCCAGCACUACAGAGUUAAGAGAAAAGCCUGUGGUUUUUUUUUUUUUUUUUUAAUUAAACCAAACUCCAGGAGCUUCUGCUUGGAGAAGAACCCCGGUGGGAAACUGGUCACUGCUUCUGUGUAUGUUGUUGAUACCCUUUGUAGACAGUUAGGGACUUUAUGUAGAGAGGAGGAAGAUGAUAGCGCAACGCUUUCUCCAGAGAAGGACUCAUCCUGCAGCCUCCCAGCAACAUUGAUUUCCCAUCAAUUCCCAUCAGUGCCAUCAUGACUAUGGAGGGUACUGGGUCUUCUGGUCACAGGUUGUGAGCCUAUGAUGAGGUUAAUUAACAGACUGAGUCUUAACAUAGAGAAAACCCAUGUCUCCUGAGUUCUCAUCUCUGAUCCUUCAAACUUCGAAGUCGGUAUUUGCACUAAGCGGUAUUCCUCAGUUUUAUGGUUUGUAUAUGCUUUUGUGGUUUGUAGUAUGCUUAAAUCAUAGAAUCAUUCAAGGAUGAGAGUGAGGAUUCUCUUUCAUAUCGACUCCCUAAGAAUAGGCCUCUCACAUUGUUAAAUUCCCUACCUCUGGGUCUCCACCCAUCAAAAUCUGGUGCAGAAUUUAGCAAGGGCUACAGGCAGUGACCAUUCAUGCCUGGAUGGGGUGGUGCAACAUGUGCAUGGAAGUAGCUUGGGGUACCAGAGGCCCUGGCCUGUUUCAGUCCAUGACCUCUUUGGGACCUCCAGCUGCUUAUCCUCUAGUCUCUGCCUACUUCUCUCAGUGUCUUCUCAAACUGCCUGCUCUAAAGGGAUGCUUCAACUUCCCUUUCCAGAACUUUCUCCUGCCAGGCUCUCCAGUGGCCCCUUCACCAAGACCCUUUCCCCCAAAGCUCUGGCCUCUUCUCUCUGGGUUCAUAUCUAUUUAUCUUCUAUUUCUGACCUUAGAUGGAUCCUUCUCUCUGGGUUCAUACCUAUUUAUCUUCUAUUUCUGACCUUAGAUGGAUCAAAUGGUUUAUCCCUAGUUACUCCCUGUGUGCUGUCUGCUCUGUCCUCCGGCCAUUCCUUGUCAGUUUGUAAUUCUGGUUCAGUUUGCCUCACACUGGCAGCCUUUUCUGCGUGUCCUUCAGCUGUCAUAGCUCAUGGGAUCCUGAAUAGAGCCUUGCUAAGCACUUUUGGGGCUUGGCUGGGGAACAAAGGCUCAGAAACUGUCAGCGUUGGGGCUCAUGAACCAAUGACUAGUGAGGUCUCAGAUGAGACCUGGUGGUGGGAAGGAGGUGGCAGUUGGUUAGGAAACUAAGAAUGGAGCAGCACUACAUAAGCCAAGGUGGAAGAACUGAACUUUGUGUUGCCAUCUAAAUGUGUCUAUGUGCUUAGGGCUCAUCAGUUCAGGGAUGGUGAGGGGGCAUCUUAUGAAUGUCCUAAUUUAUCUCAGGUCUUUGGCUCAGUGUCAGCAAGUUUGACCUCUGCAAGUGGUUGCUGGACGGGAAACUUUUAAGUGUCAUGUCAGGAGUAGAGGUCUCAGGUGAGAAUGAUCUUGGAGGGUAGGAGAACAGGAGAAUGAUAUUCCAUGGCCAGCUUUUUCCAAGACUGUUCUCCAUUCAAGAGUUUUCGAGUACAAAAGCUGAUUCAAAAAAUUAAUUGCCCCUCUCCACCUAAAAUUUGGUUUCAUGUUUCUGAAAAAAUAUGCUUAAAAAAAAGUAGUUGUACAAAGGCAGUGUGUUCUUUAACUUUCAAAAAGAAACAAUCUAGCAUAGAGUUUGAAAGCAUGGGUUUUGGAGUCUGAUACCCUAAAUUCAGAUUUCUAAGCUUUGCUGCUUAUCACCUGGAUUUGAACUCUGCUGAUUUGCUUAAUCUCUCUGAGCCUCAAUUUCCUUAACUAUGAUAUGUGGGGGUGGGUACCGGGAUUUUGAAAAUAUCUACCUCAGGGUUGUUGGAUUAACUAAAAUAAUGUCUGUAAAGCUUUAGCACAGUGCCUGGCAAAGCACUUAAUAAAUGGUUGUGAUGGUG